UACGGUCUUAUUCAUAAUCAUUUUUCACAUUUUAUCAAAUGCUUAUUAGAGGUUUAUAAAACGUUUGAUAAAAAUUGUUAUUCAUAAUCGUCAUUUAGCGCUAAAAUCCUCUUAUAACUGUGUGAUAAGUUAUCGAGAGCUCGGGCCUUGUUUAAAGCUCUAAUAAACCUAUUUUAACCUAACUUUUAUAAAUGUCAUUUCAUAUGAAUGUCACUUCGUUGGUUUAUUUAUUCAAAAUAUCCUUGCUGUGAUCCUUGCUUGUGAAAAUGAAUGCUAUAAAUGCAAUUGUGCAUUUAGCCAAUAAUGCCGACCCAGCGCGACGUAGAAAGCUCUACCGCCAACGAAGCAACCCAUUCGAUUUGCGGGACCUAAAUUUUAAAAUAAAAUAUAGGUUCAAUAAGGACACAGUGCGCACCAUCAUAGAUUUGGUGGAAGAUGAUCUGGUUCAGAGCGCUAGAGGUGGUGGCACGUGUCCUGAACUGCAAGUUUUAGUGGCCAUAAGAUGUUGGGGACGUCGUGAGGUACAAGAUGAUGCUGGUGACCUCCAUGGCCUAAGUCAGCCGACAGUGAGCCGGAUAUGCGCCAGAGUCGCGCAUGCAAUCGCGAAUAAGGCAAAUUCCUUCAUCAAAAUGCCUAUCACUAUAGGAGAGCAGGAAAGAAUUAGUGCCAAAUUUAGAGCAAUUAAAAAUUUUCCUGGGGUGAUAGGAGCCAUAGAUUGCACCCACAUUAAAAUUAAAAAAACCGGAGGUGACAUGGCCCAGUACUAUAUUAAUAGAAAAGGCUAUUAUUCCCUGAAUGUUCAGGUUUUCUGUGAUGCUGACCUCAAAAUAAUGGAUAUAGUGGCUAGAUGGCGAGGCAGUACACAUGACAGUCGAAUUUUUAUGGAGAGCAAUAUAAAACAACGAUUUGAGGAUAGGCAGUUUAGAGGACGCCUUAUUGGCGAUUCGGGCUACCCUCUUCUGCCAUAUCUAUUUACACCUAUUUUAAGGCCUAGUCGUCCAGAAGAAGAAGCAUACAAUAAUGCUCACAUCUCAACUAGGAACACUGUUGAAAGGUGUUUUGGGGUGUGGAAGCAGCGGUUCCAAUGCCUACUCCAUGGCUUACCAGUAAGCCUCCAAAAUGGAAAAGCUGUGAUCAUAGCAUUGGCUGUAUUACAUAAUAUAGCCAUUGAUAUGAAUGACACAUUGUUAGAACAACAUAUGGAGCAGGUCCCUGUAACUCCGCAACUUUCGACGGAGAACAGUGUUCACGACAACCGACCUUCAUUGUUGAGGCGUAGGUCGCAGUUGAUACUACAAAAUUUUAUAAAUCAACAUUUUUGAAUGAUACUGUUCCUGGCAUCUUAAUGAAAAUAAAAAGAAUAUUUGAUUGAAAAA